AUGAAGCUGACCCUAGUGAUACUGGCCCUCGUGGGCUGCGUGGCGGCUUUCAGCGUGCCGACGCAGAAGGUGAAGAUCGCCGACAAGGACUUCCUUUACAAGCAAAAGUUCCUUUUCGAGAUCCUCUAUCGUGUGGAAGAUCCCCUCAAUUUCGAAGAAUGGAUCAAGCUGGGCCAAAAGUUGAUCGUCGAGAAGCCACACUACGAGACCUUCGACUUCUACAUGGAGAAAUUCUGGGAGUCCUACAAGCUAGGCGCCCUCCUGCCCAAGGGCGAAUUCUUCGGUGCUUUGGUGAAGACCCAUCACAAGCAGGCCUACGGUCUGUUUAACUUCUUCUACUACGCCAAGGACUGGGAGACGUUCGUCCGCAACGUCGCCUGGGCCCGCAUCCACGUGAACGAGGGCAUGUUCGUCUACGCUUUGACUCUGGCCGUGAUCCACAAGCCCGAGUUCGAGGGUCUGAUCUUGCCCCAGAUCUACGAAAUCUUCCCGCAGUACUUCUUCAACAGCAAAUUCGUGUACGAGGCCGAGAAGUUCGACUACGAAGUGUUCAGCAAGUACAUCAUGUACGAGAAGGAGUACAAGGACAUCCUGUAUAAGGACUACAGCGAAUUCACUGGCAACUUCUACUUCUACACCAAAGACUGGAAGACAUGGCAGUGGUACAAAAUGAUGGGUCUGGACCAGGAAUGGUACGUUGAGGACAAGUUUUUCCUGCGCGAGAACUUCGCCACCUUUGUCAACGACCCCAAAUACGUCGAUGUGAUGAAGGGCCUUAAGAAGUUCUACAUGCCCGUUGACUACACCCGCGACGUUAACUUCUUUAACGAUGAGACCAAGAUGAGCUACUUCACCGAGGAUCUCGGCUGGAACGCCUACUGGUACUACCUCAACAUGGACUACGCCUUCUUCCUCAACGGCAAGCAGUUCGGUUUGGACAAGGACCGUCGCGGCGAGUUCUGGAUCUACAAUGUGCAGCAGAUCCUUGCCCGUUACUACCAGGAGCGUCUAACCAACGGCUACGGUGAUAUCCCAGAGUUCUUCUGGUACAAGCAGAUCGAGUACGGCUAUGAUCCCCAGCUGAUCUACUACAACGGCAUCGGCUACAGCUACCGCAAGAACUACUACGACUUCUAUACCUACGGCAACUUCGAGAUGUACAGCCAGGUGCAAAACUUCUUUAGCCGCGUUUACAAGACCUUGGAGACCGGAUUCUACAAGACCGCCGACGGUCAGGUGAUCGAUCUGCACAAGCCGGAGGCCGUCAAGUUCAUUGGCAACUACUUGCAGGGCAAUGCCGAUACCUUCGACAAGUACUUCUUCAACUACUACUACAUGCUGGCCCAUAUGUACUUUGCCGACGUCGACUACACCGACAUGGAGGUCUUCCCCAACAUUUUCCUUAACUUCGAGACCAUGCUGCGCGAUCCCUUCUUCUACACCUUCUACAAGAAGUUCACCGAUGUGUUCUACCACUUCAAAUACUUCCUGAAGCCAUACACCAAGAAGGAUCUCAUUUACGAGGGCAUCACCAUUAAGGAUGUGACUGUAAGCAAGCUGGUGACGUAUUACGAUAUCGUGGACUUCGAUGUGACCAACCUGCUGAACGAUAAGAUGACCUUCGUCGACGGACAGUUCGUCUGGGACAAGGCUCUGCUGGCCCGUCAGGCUCGUCUGAACCACAAGCCCUUCGAAUUCGACUUCACCAUUGAGUCCAAGACCGCCCAAAAGGGCGUCGUCCGUGUCUUCCUGGGCCCCAAGUUCGACGAGUACGGUCGCGUGAUCCCUCUGGAAUACAACCGCAAGAACUUUGUGCAGAUCGACAGCUUCAUCUUCCCCUUCGUUGCCGGAAUCAAUACUAUCAAGCGCAGCUCCAAGGAGUUCACCUGGACUGCCGAGGACAGGAUCACCUACACCGAACUGUACAAGUACGUUAUGCUGGCCACCGAAGGCAAGUACGACUUCCCUCUGGACAUCAGCGAGCCCCACAACGCCUUCCCCGACCGCCUGGUCCUGCCUAAGGGCUGGGAACACGGCUUCCCCAUGCAGUUCUACUUCUUCGUCUCGCCCUAUGCCGAGGAAUACGAGCAGUUCUCCAACUUCGAUUACACAUACUCCUCAGGCGUUGGCUCUGGCACUCGUUUUGUGGACAGCAAGCCCUUCGGCUAUCCCUUCGACCGCCAGAUCGAUGAGUACACCUUCUUCGUGCCCAACGGCUACUUCAAGGACGUCAAAGUCUACUACGUGGACACUUUCGCCAAGUACUUCGAGAAGAAGUACGAGCAUUUCGGCACCUUCGACUACUCGAUCGAGUACUAGAAGACCACCACGGAUCAAGCUUUUUACGCUCAUUUUGACUUUAAUAUAUGCAAUGAAAAACGCUAACAAAAACAAGAAAUGUGAAAAAAGGUAGCAGAUAAAAAAGA